AUGUCAGGCGGCGGCUACAACUAUAAUCAACAAGGUUAUAGACCACCUCCACCACAAGGCGGAUAUGGACCACCACCUCAAUCUUUUCAAUCUCCUCCACCGCAGCAUCAACAGGCAGGUCGCCCGCCACAUUCUGGUGGGGCGCAACAGCCACCUCCGGGAGCAGACCCACAGCUUUAUUACUGGUUCCAGGCUGUUGAUACUGACAAGAGUGGGGCUUUAACCACAGAAGAAUUACAGCGAGCAUUGAUAAAUGGUGAUUGGAGUCCGUUCAAUAUAGAAACUGUACGUUUAAUGAUGAAUAUGUUUGAUACCGACAAUACUGGUACCAUCACUUUUAGCGAGUUUGCUGGUCUCUGGCGAUACAUCGAAGACUGGAAAAAAUGUUUCCAAACCUUUGACGCAGACAGCUCAGGCACUAUCAACUUUAGCGAACUGAAAACGGCGCUAAGAACAUUCGGAUAUAAUCUGAGUGACAACUUUGUUAAUCUUUUGAUCAAGAAAUACGACAAAUAUGGGGGCGAAAAAAAUGCAGGAAAGGGAGACGUGACCUUUGAUAACUUUGUGCAAUCCUGUGUCACUAUUAAAACACUCACAGAUGCCUUCCGUCGUUAUGACACCGAUAAUGAUGGCUGGAUUUUGAUCAAUUAUGAACAGUUUUUGGAAUUAGUCGUCACUAAUCGAUAA